AUGUGGGUGCGAAGCUCUAAGGAGAUUGGCUGAAAGCCCUUCCAGUGAGCGUCUCACCGUGACACUGCCUGCUCUGGCGCCAAAAUGUCGCAGGUACCGGGAGUUAUCCGGCGGUUGGACGAGACAGUGGUGAACCGCAUCGCGGCAGGGGAGGUUAUCCAGCGGCCGGCUAAUGCCAUUAAGGAGAUGAUUGAGAACUGUUUAGAUGCAAAAUCCACAAGUAUUCAAGUGGUGGUUAAAGAGGGAGGCCUGAAGCUGAUUCAGAUCCAAGACAAUGGCACUGGGAUCAGGAAAGAAGAUCUGGAUAUUGUGUGUGAGAGGUUCACCACAAGUAAACUGCAGUCCUUUGAGGAUUUAGCUCAUAUUUCUACCUAUGGCUUUCGGGGAGAGGCUUUGGCCAGCAUAAGCCAUGUGGCGCACGUCACCAUUACAACCAAAACAGCUGAUGGGAAGUGCGCAUACAGAGCACAUUACUCAGAUGGAAAGCUGAAAGCUCCUCCUAAACCAUGUGCAGGCAAUCAAGGAACCCAGAUCACGGUGGAGGACCUUUUUUACAACAUAUCCACGAGAAGGAAGGCUUUAAAAAAUCCAAGUGAAGAGUAUGGGAAAAUUUUGGAAGUCGUUGGCAGGUAUUCAAUACACAAUUCAGGCAUCAGUUUCUCGGUUAAAAAACAAGGUGAGACAGUAGCCGACGUUAGGACACUGCCCAAUGCCACAACCGUGGACAACAUUCGCUCCAUUUUUGGAAAUGCUGUCAGCCGAGAACUGAUAGAAGUUGAAUGUGAGGAUAAAACCCUCGCCUUCAAAAUGAAUGGGUACAUAUCCAAUGCAAACUACUCGGUGAAGAAGUGCAUCUUCUUACUCUUCAUCAACCAUCGUCUUGUAGAGUCAACCUCCUUAAGAAAAGCCAUAGAAACGGUGUAUGCAGCUUAUUUGCCCAAAAACACACAUCCGUUCCUGUACCUCAGUUUAGAAAUCAGCCCCCAGAACGUGGAUGUCAACGUGCACCCCACGAAGCACGAGGUUCACUUCCUGCAUGAGGACAGCAUCCUGGAGCGUGUGCAGCAGCACAUUGAGAGCAGGCUCCUGGGCUCCAAUGCCUCUAGGACCUACUUCACCCAGACUUUACUACCAGGUCUUACUGGCCCCUCUGGGGAAGCGGUUAAAUCUGCAGCGGAUGUGACGCCUUCAUCUACUGGAAGUGGCGACAAGGUCUAUGCCUACCAGAUGGUCCGCACAGAUUGCCGGGAACAGAAGCUUGAUGCCUUCCUGCAGCCUGCGAGCAAGUCCUUGUCCAGUCAGCCCCAGGCCAUUGUCCCCGAGGACAGAACAGAUGCUUUUGGUAGUGAGGCCAGGCAGCAGGAUGAGGAAAUGCUUGAACUUCCAGCUCCUUCUGAAGUGGCUGCCAAGCAUCAGAGCUUGGAAGAGGAUGCAGCAGAGAGGACUUCAGACUUGUCAGAGAAGAGAGGCCCCCCUUCCAGCCCCGGGAACCCCAGAAAGAGACAUCGGGAAAGCUCUGAUGUGGAAAUGGUGGAGGAUGCAAACCGAAAGGAAAUGACAGCAGCUUGUAUCCCCCGGAGAAGGAUCAUUAACCUCACAAGUGUUCUGACUCUCCAGGAAGAAAUCAAUGAGCGGGGACAUGAGACUCUCCGGGAGAUGCUACAUAACCAUUCCUUUGUGGGCUGUGUGAAUCCUCAGUGGGCCUUGGCACAGCAUCAGACCAAGUUAUAUCUUCUGAACACCACCAAACUUAGUGAAGAGCUGUUCUACCAGAUUCUCAUUUACGAUUUUGCCAAUUUUGGUGUUCUGAGGUUAUCGGAGCCAGCACCGCUCUUUGACCUCGCCAUGCUGGCUUUGGAUAGCCCCGAGAGCGGCUGGACAGAGGAAGAUGGUCCCAAAGAAGGACUUGCCGAAUACAUUGUUGAGUUUCUGAAAAAGAAAGCUGAGAUGCUUGCAGACUACUUCUCCUUGGAGAUUGAUGAGGAAGGGAACCUGGUUGGCUUACCUCUUCUGAUCGACAAUUACGUGCCCCCCUUGGAGGGUCUGCCUAUCUUCAUUCUCCGACUGGCCACUGAGGUGAACUGGGAUGAAGAAAAGGAAUGUUUUGAAAGCCUCAGUAAAGAAUGUGCUAUGUUUUACUCUAUCCGGAAGCAGUACAUAUCUGAGGAGUCGACCCUCUCAGGCCAGCAGAGCGAAGCGCCCGGCUCCACUCCAAACCCCUGGAAGUGGACCGUGGAACAUGUCGUUUAUAAAGCCUUCCGCUCAUACCUUCUGCCUCCCAAACGUUUCACAGAAGAUGGAAACAUCUUGCAGCUUGCCAACCUGCCCGACCUAUACAAAGUCUUCGAGAGGUGUUAAAUAUGGUCGCUCAUGGACUCUGGGAUGGGCCGUUCUUCCUUGUAUCCUGACGUUUGUAGGUGGAAGGCUCAUGUUUGCCUUCUAACCAGUAGCACUCCUUCAUGCAUGGUGGACUGACUGUAAAUAAAUAGAUGUGUCCUAA